AUUCGACGUUAGAGAAAAGUGCAUUUUCUAAAAGCUGUUGACACGAGAGCUCACUCAAAUAUUACAGGUAGGCAUAUGGAGACACAUUUCCUUGAUAUCUCCCUGGCCUUAUGUUGGAUUAAUCUCUCUUCCUGAAGAUGUGAGAAAUGGUAAGAACCACCUGUAAUCUAUGGAUGUGCAGGCGUCUCCAUGCAACAACACCUCAGACCCUCUGUGCUAUGAGGAAGGAUCAGGCACAUUAGCUGUGAUCAUUAUCCCCACUCUCCUGGCUCUCAGCACAGUGGUUGUUGUGACCAGCAUACUGUGCAGUCUCUUCCAUAGAAGAAGAGCAGCACCAGAGAGCACCUCCAUCCCUGCCCAUUACACCAAUCGUGCAGGUCAGGAGUGUGUGUCCAGUAGCCCAGUGAGUCUGUGGGAGAUCCCAGGAGAAUGUACUCUGGAGGGGCUGGAGUUCUGGCAGACUGGCCACUAUGGUCCUAUCUGCAGAGGCACAAUGAGAAGAAAGGAUAUACCCAGUGCUGUAGUGGUCAAGACACUCCGAGGAGGCAUAGAUCAGCCUGAGGCAAAGAAGUUUGUUGACUGGAUCCUUUUCCAUGGUACCGUGUGUAAACACCAGAACCUGGUCCGGAUGCUGUACUGUCAGACACAGAUACUACCUAUGUACCUGGUACUGGAGGCCUGUAGUCCUGGCAACCUUCUGCACUACCUCUGGACCCUGAGAAAUAGUGAUUCGGAGCCCUUGGAUCCACUGCGACACUUUUCAGAGAGAUCAGUGUUUUUGGUGGCAAAGCAGGUGGCAGCAGGCCUGGACUAUCUGUUGUCAGAGCACAGGCUUGUACAUGGCAAUGUUGCUGCACAGAACAUCCUGAUUGGUCCAGGGUUCUCUGUGAGGGUAUCUGGAUUGGGCCUGGCCUUCGAGAUCCGCCAGCACCAGACUGACAAACUGGCCUAUCACAGGUGCCAGAAUGACAAACUGGCCAAUCAGAGAACAGCUGAGGUCCCUCUCAAAUGGCAGGCUCCAGAGAGGAUGAUGAAGCACCCAACCACAGACAGGAGUGAUGUAUGGUCUUUUGGAAUCUUUCUGUAUGAAUUGAUCACACUGGGCUCUCCCCCCUACCCUGAUCUGGAGCCGGAGCGUGUGUUCCUCCACCUACAGAAAUCAUACAGGAUGAAGAGGCCAGACAACUGUGGGGGACCCUUGUAUGACCUGAUGAUGUACUGCUGGAUGUGGAGCUUCAAGGACCGUCCUGUGUUCUCCGCCAUCAUCAAGCUUCUGGGGUCUUACACAUACCUUGCUGGCACUAAAGAUAUCUACAUCCCAGAGGACAUGGACAUCACUGACUACAUCAAGAGGGCAGGUGUGCUGCCCUAAAUAUCUAGUCCAAGGCAUCACAUUCAUGAAUGAAGAAGCUAGAAGCAAGGGGUGAGUUCAUGACAAAGCAUGGCUGUAGUUGAUUUUAGGUUGAUGUGUGCUGUACUGUGGUAUUAAAUGUGUUAUAAACUUUCAGAGAGAUUAUUUUAU